AUGAACGUAGAAUAUUUGAUUAAUUUUAACACAACGACACUGUCGCUCAUUCUUCACGACAUCUUUGCCAACUAUGACAAGCGAGUGAUUCCAUUCACAAACGGACCAGUCGUCAUCAAUAUGACAAUUGUUCUGGGAAUUCUUGUCGAAGUAAAAGAAAACGAACAAUUGGCUGCUUAUGUGAUUUCUCACACUCAGCGAUGGUACGAUCGUCGACUACAGUGGGAUCCGCGUUCAUACCGAGGACAGAAAGAGGUGAGCGAGACGAAGCUUUAG